AUGCUCCUUCGACAAUCUCCGUUUUUUCCUGGAUUGUUCCCUGUAUACCUCCUUUUGUCCAUUGCGCUUCUCAGUGUGGCUCGGCCGGGCCGACGUGACAUGGUGAUUAGGUUGGGAUACGAAAACAUUGGGGACGAGCAAUAUGGAACAGCCUUUCAAUCGCAUAAUCAUUUUGAUCAAUCCACAGAAUUCACCAUUUUCUUUGGAAACACCGUUGGCUUGACGGCUUGCAUUCUGAAGAAUCAGCUGGUAACUCAGACAAGAGACAUUCCGCGUGUUGAAGCUCAGACGGCUUGGAGCGUGGGUCGAGUUAGAGAACGUCUUUUGAUCAAGCUGGGUAUAGACCAGAAAUCCCAACUUGUAACCAAUCUGGAUGAGCACCAGGCGACACGGGAGUUCCUAGUUCGGGAACUCAGUGAUCCCAAGAAACUCUUGAAGCAGACCAAAGACCUGUUCUACAAGAAGUAUGAUGUCCCUGCAGUCGAUUUCUGGCAGGAUGUGGCAAAUAACGGCGAAUUUAUCAGUAUCGUCCUGAUCUAUUUGACCUUGCUUGAAGGUAAGGAUCAUAAGACUGUAUUGCCAAAGGGCACUUUGGAGGAAUGGAUCAAAAUGUACAGAGCUGUGAAGACUUUGGAGUUGGGGGCUGACUAUGUUACGAAGAAUCCUCAUUUUUUGGCUAUUUUGUACUUGCUUGAAGGGAAAUACGAGGCACCCAAGACACCUUUCAACUGGCCGGCUUCGUAA